UUGCAUCUAAACGAGUAUAAAAUGAUAUAGACGAGAACUGGAUCGGGCAGUUUGUUUACAUUACCUGUCUGGUGUGCAUUGCAGCACUGUAAAUGUGUUUAACAAUUAAUAGUUAUACAUUAACAGACGUUUAGUAAGAAAAGACAAGUGUUUUUAAUGAACAAAAUGGUGGCCAAAAUUGUAAUUAUUUCCAUGAUGGUGGCGGCUUGCGUAGCUCAAAGGCCGUUCUACGCCAAACGACCGAUAGGCUACCCGGUCCUAGAAGAACCCAGCACUGAAAGCAACUCUAUCGGUGACAGAUUCGGCAACGGCGAAACCACAACCACCCAGCGGCUACCGUUAGAAGCGCUCGGCGACGGCGCGCUGGUCGACCAGCUGAGAAAACUACCCGUAGACAAGCAGCCAUUCUGGUUGCUGAACUGGCGCGCGCUGGAGCAGCAUCGGCUGCAGCACCCCACGUUCCAACACUCACAGAGCAAUUUCGUCAACGGACUGUCUAUUUUCAAUGCCCCUAACCGGGGAUUUUAAUUUGUAAGAAGACUUUUACAUGAAUAAAUACCUGCGAACCUAUGAGAAAUGAGUACAUCGAGAGAUGCAAUACUAUGCAAGUAUUGUACGAAAACCUUAUUUGCCACAAUUUUGUAUGCAGGCGCUUAGUAAAUUGUUUCUAAUAAAAAGUUUGAGAUCGUAACAUACUUAAUAUUUUAAAUAAAAUAAGUGGGUUAAUAAAAUAGAUACGUAUAUAAUUGAUAUAUAAAUGUCUAAAUACUUAUAGUACGUGUGGUAAGAAAAAUAUCAUGGUGGUUCUGCUGGGAGGAUGAUCUGUAGCGUCACCACUUUGCAACAACGUUCACAAGGAAACUACGCAUAUAGAUUGUUUUAAAUGAGCGUAGAAUUUUGAUAUUUUUUAAGUAUUCUUGUUUAUUAAAGAAGAGGUGUGUCUGUCGGGGAGCAUGACGUCCAUAAACGAAGCCUAAAAGGCCUUAUUUUUAGAUUCCUACGCGUCCCUGAGAAAAGGGUCUUGACAGACAGAGAACCCUAACAAACAAUCGCUUCUUAUGUGUCGGUCUUAAGUACACAUAGUUACCGUAAGUUUUUUUUUCCAAAUACGUACUUAGGUACAUACUGUAUAUAAUAAAAUUAACUUUAUUGAAUUUACAUAAUCAGUUGAUCUUACAAUUAUAAAAUAUUUAAAUUAGAUUGAAACGGAGCAUGGCAUUGUAACACUUUUUAUUAUAAUGAAGGAAUGUAUGGAAGAAUAUCACUUAAUGUUCAACUAGGUAUAAUAGAGACACCUAAUUUAAGCCAGUUAAAUUUUAACUUACACCCUUUUUGUGAGCUAUGUUCUGUAAACUAAUUUAGAAAAGUGAACACAAAGUUUAUUAUUUUAAUUAAAGUAUACCUAACAAACAAAUAAAUUUAUUUAAACUUUUUAAGCAGUUAAUUACGAGUAAAGUACUGCCCUAUAUUUUGCCUACCAUUUACAUUGUUUAAAUUAAGACAACUAAAGUUAUGGAGCCUCAGUUUAAACAUAAUGGAAAGUAGAAAGCCAAACUCGAAUUUCAAAUGUUGUUAUUUACUAACAAUACAAUUUAUACAGCCAAUGUUAACAUUGUAAGUUCAAAACAUUAUUUUCAUGCCGCUGUUAUUCAAGUACGGGUGUACAAAACCAAUAAAUUAUGUAUAUAACAUGAAAAAAGUUC